AUGGAAACUAACAAUCUUCCUAUAUCUACAAUAGAAACAGAAAUUUCACUCAAUGAUGAACAUGAACAAAUAAAUUAUGGUCAACAUGAAGUUAGUAGAAAUGUUUACAUACAAACUAAUUUAACUGCAAAAAGACUCGAUGAUGAAUUGGAAAAUUAUCGAGAGCACAUACAGACUAUAGAUAUUGGCACACAAACAGCAUCGACAGAUAUUGUCGUGGAUAAUAAUGUAACGAAUGAACGUCAACAGGCAAGAAAUCAACGAGGUAAUGCCAGGAAUAAUUCAGCAAAUCAGCCAAAUGGAACCAAUGAAAAUGUGAAUCAAGAAGUAACACGUGGUGGAAGACAAACAGGAAGAUCAGAAGCAAAUUCUAAUAUUGACAGAAAUAGAUCUAAUCAACGAAAUAGACAAAAUACAAAAAAAAUUAAUAAAGAAAAUCUUAAAAGUGAUGGAAAAGAUCCAAGUCCUAUUCUAGGAUAUGCAGAAGAACCUCUAUUACCACUUGCACAAGCAUGUGCUCCAUUGAAUGAUAUCUUUCAUAAUUUAUCAUUCUAUGUUGAUGUAGCAUUAAAAGAAACUCCUGAACAACCACCCGAUGGAUUAACAGUUAAUGAAAGUGCUGCAAUUCGUCUUUAUACAAUUGAAUGGGAUAAACCUCAUCGAAGUCUCUAUUCAACACUCAACUAUAACCUGAAAAAUAAUGAUCGUCCAGCACUUUUACCUUUUUUCAAGUAUCUCAAAUUGUUCUUAACUGCUCUUGUUAAAUUACCAUGUGUUCCACCAUUAACUGUUUGGCGUGGAGUAACUAUGAAUUUAAGUGAAGAAUUUCCACCUGGUAGUGCUAUGACGUGGUGGGCAUUUUCAUCAUGUACUACUGAAAUGACUGUACUUGAAAAUAAUAUGUAUUUGGGACAAGAAGGUGAUCGAACACUAUUUUCUGUUGAAGCUAUUAAUGGUCGAACUAUAAAAGCACAUUCACAUUUCGUUACUGAAGAUGAAAUUGCUCUUAUGUCAGGUACUCAUAUGAUUGUUCAAUCACAACUUAGUCCAGCGCCUAAUUUAUAUAUUAUUCAUUUGAAACAAGUAGAACCAGAAAUGAUGACACUUGAACCACCAUUUGAAGGCGCACAUAUUUAUCCUAAAAUUUCACGUCCAUUUUAUCGAAAGAAAAGAGUUAUGAUUCCAACCUGUUUAUCGAUUAUUCUUCUUAUUGCAGCUGUUAUUAUUGGUGUUAUUUUGGGAAUAAAAUCAAAACCAACAAAAUAUGUAUGCGAUAAUCCAUUUGAACUAACCGAUGCUACCGAUACUGGAAACUUUCCAUCUUGUGCUGUACUGGGGUAUUUCGAUAAUGAUACAUACAUCGAUGUGGCAAUAGCAAACUCAAACGACGAUACUGUGUCUGUACUACUAGGUGUUAAGGAGCAAAUUUUUCGAAGUACAAGACCUGCUACUGGUGGAGGACCAACUAGUCUGAUAUCCGUUGACUUGAAUAAUGAUCAGAAAAUAGAUCUAGUAGUGACCAACAACGAUGACGAUACAAUCAGUGUUCUAUUUGGUUUGGGAAAUGGACUUUUUCUGGAUGCAGUCGAUUAUGAUGUUGGUCAAGGUCCAACCUUUGCUGCAUAUGGUGAUUUUAAUAAUGAUGGUGGAAUGGAUUUAGCAAUAACGAACCAAGAUGAUGUUACCGUUAGUAUACUAUUAAAUAAUGGAUUUGGUCUAUUUCCAAAUAGUACCUACUUUUCAAUUAGUUACGUCGCGUCUGUUAUAAUCGCUGGUGAUUUCAAUGGUGAUAAAAUCAUGGAUUUAGCAGUGUCAUUUACUUUAAAUCCCUCUGUUAAUGUAUUUUUUGGUAUUGGAAAUGGGAAUUUUAGUCUUGCACCUAAUUAUAGUACUGGUUACUAUCCAAUUUCUAUGAUAUCAACUGAUAUAAAUAAUGACAAAAACCUAGAUUUAGUAGUAUCCAACAGUGAUGAUGGUAGUGUCACUAUAUUGCUUAACAAUGGAGAUGGAAGUUUUACAACAUCCACUCUUAAUUCGGUUGGCAUUGAGUUAGGUUUUUUGAUAACAGCUGAUUUCAACAGUGACAAUAAUGCAGACUUAGCAGUAUUAGAUACUUAUGCAUAUACUGUCAAUGUAUUACUUGGGUAUGGAACUGGAAGUUUUCUGUAUAAUAUCUCGUAUUCACUUACUUUCGAUCCAUUGUAUAUGGCAGCUGUUGAUUUCAACAAUGAUAAUAAACUAGAUUUAGCAAUAAUAAGUAAUGAUGACUACAGUACUACUAUAUUACUUGGUCUUGGAAAUGGUAAUUUUGAUAGUGAUCCCAAGGAUGUAGAUACUGAAUCUGCUUUGUGGCUACUAUCAUAUGAUUUUAAUAGUGAUCAUAAUCAAGAUCUUGCAUUGAUUGCUCAAGAAGAUGACAAUAUUAUUGUGAUACUAGGUGAUGGAAAUACAACUUUUCUAACUCCAUUAAGCAAUACAGUUGCUGGUUUUCCAUAUCAAGUCAUAUCAUCUGAUUUCAAUAAUGAUACUAAACAAGAUGUGGUAGUAAUCAAUCAAGAUGACGGCGUACUUCAGGUGCUCUUUGGGCAUGGAGAUGGAUUUUUUAAUACUCCAGUCACCUACAAAGUUGGCAAAUUACCGUCUUGUGUAGUUGCAAUAGAUUUCAAUUCUGAUAAUAUACUCGAUUUGGCUGUGUCAACUAUUCAGGAUGCUACUGUCGUUGUAUUGUUUGGUACAACAAAUGGAACCUUUGUAAUUCAACAAACAUAUAAGUUUAACGGAUCUCCGACUUGUGUAACAUCUGCUGACCUAGAUAGUAAUGGAAGUCCAGAUUUAAUAGUGACAAAUACAAGAAACAAUACAGCUAGUAUAUUUUUUAAUAAUGGAAGUGGCACUUUCAUCUAUUCAAAAGACUACAAAGUUGGUAGAACACCAAAUUUUCUAGCAAUAGGUGAUUUUAAUAAUGACAACAAUACUGAUUUGGUAAUUGCUAACUCUGGUUCGAAUAAUGUCAGUAUAUUAAUCAAUAAUGGCAAUGGAAGUUUUAGUAAUGCAACAAAUUAUGCAGUUGGAAAAGGUCCAAUUUAUGUAUCAGUUGGUGAUUUUAAUAAUGAUACAAAUAUAGAUUUAGUAGUAGUCAAUGGUGAUAGUGAUACUAUCAGCGUCUUACUCGGUAUUGGAAAUGGAAAAUUUCAAGCUCAACGUACCUAUAAAACAGGUGUUAACCCGACUUCAGUGGUCAUAGGUGAUCUCAAUAAGGAUAAUAAACCGGAUUUAGUUGUAACAAACUCUAAAUCUGAUGAUUUAUCUCUUUAUGUGAAUAUUUGCGAAGGCUGA